AUGCUGUGCCACCUAUUUACAUGUGAUGGUUGGAAAUCAAAAUGUGAUCAAUUGGAAGUUGAAAAUUUUCCACCCUUUGUAUGGAAUUUAUCACGAAAUGGGACAGAGGAUUACUGUAAUUUGUAUGAGGAACAAAGAAAUAUUUCCAGAUGUCAGUUUCAUUGUAUGUUACAAGAAUUUGGUAGAAAAUAUAACAUUUUGGAAUCAGUCAAUAAAUUCAUUGGUGAAGAAAUGAUUUAUGAAAAUGAACGAAAUGAAAUACUUACUAAACGACUUCAAAAUAUUAAUGGUACUGUUAAAGCUAAGAAAUUUCUUUUUGAAAUAAUAAAACUACAACAAAAUAUGGAUUUUCCACUGGUGAAAAUUCAACAGCUUAUCGAUAAUAUCACAACAGAAUUAUCCGUGCAAUUACAACAAGAAGCAGUCAAUUUAUGGAAUGCGAUAUGUCCUGAUAAUAUCAAUGAUAAAUGCCCAUUAAAUAUAUCAUAA